AUGUCACCAGAGCCGGGUUCCAUCCAGGCUAUUCUACGCCAAUAUUGCCGCUCUCAACUCUAUGUCCACCCAAUACUUUGGACACAAGAGCAUCUGAGGCUUUUGGAGUGCCAGUUCGUUCGCAUUGAGCCGCCCACAAGAGGGCAGGGGCGCGACGGCGACGGAGCUGAUGCCCCAAAAGAGAGCACAGAACAGCGAAGGCUUCAGCGAGGACGCAUUCGUAUUCUGGAACGUCUGAGCAUGUCGGCAUCACGAGAGGAAAGGAAUAAAAGGCUGAUGAACUUCCUCGAAUCGUACCAUACUCACUACUCUUUCCAAGAUGGGAGUCGUUUCCCUUUUCUCAUGGACGAGAACACUGCCGCCACUGUCGACGUGGAUGCAGUCUUCCACACCGGUUCCGAAGAUUCUCCCAGAAGCCCUGUCGUCCGCCUUCACCUCGACACCGUCGAGGACCUCCGGAAGAAGCGGUACCGCCAAUGGGACUCUACGACCAACGAGCCACUUGCAGACCACUGCCGCCGGAAGCUCCGUUUACUCACGCCGGCGGACACCGCAGAGGAUCCCUACCUGGCGGCUGUCUUGAUUGCCAUGGCACAAAUGCAGCGCAUGACGCAAACCCAGCAAGCAACAACGUCGUGGACACCUCCCGGCUCCGAUGAGGCACCCAUGCCGGUAGAUACGACACCGACCGCCUUCAAGGUCCACCUCAUCGUCCUCUCCAGCCAACAACCGGCGGAGUUGUACCUCUACCAGGCCUCCAUCCCCUCCGCCUUUCUCGAUAAAUUUGAGAGGACCUCGUGUGCCUCGCCCUGCGGCCCUGUUCGGAUCUUGUAUGACAAGUUUUCUCUGCAGCAUCCGCAAAGGCUGGUGGAGCAAUUCCCGCGGGUACUUGGCUGGGGACCUAAACAAGGUCAGGUUCGCAAGGCGGGCGGAAGCUCGUCUACCGUGGAGGGUGACGGCGGCACGGAGGACGAGUGGAGCACGGAGGAUGAUGAGGGGGGGGAGGAAUGGGGUUGGGAAGAAUGA